AUGCUGCUGCCGGUGCUGAACGCUUGCCUCCUCUUCCAGUUGUCUUGGGCGAAGCAUGCGGAGAUCGAGCAGGUCUCCAUUACCGCAUUUCGCCGGGGCAAUCAGGCUGAGCGUGAAGCCCAGGUGUCGGCCCUGCGAAGGGCUUUCGCACACCAUGGCAUGGUCGCACUAGUGGAGACCGAAGUGCCCGAGGAAGUCGUGGCGAGGGCGACGGCCAAGAGCCGGGAGUUCUUCGCCCUGCCGCAGGAGACCAAGGCGCGCUUCGCGAAGCCCGCCGGGUAUCCGCCCAGGUCGUAUGGUGUCGUGACAACCCCGAGGGGGAAGUGCUACGAGGUGCAGCAAGACGACGGCCGAGGCAACCUCCUGAAUGAGUGGCUCUACGUGCGCAACACCACCGUUGCGAUGGAUGUCAAGGAUGCAUACUACAGCUCUGAUGAAGGACGCGAGUUCUACAACCCAGAGGCAAAGCAUCCCGAGCAGCAGCUGUGGCCAGAGGAGGUCCCAGGAUUGCAAGAAGCCACGGCGGCAUUUUACCAUGAGGUCGAGGAACUUUCGAAGACGAUGUACGAGCUUUUCGCUCGGGCUUUGGGCCUGGCGCCAGACUUCUUCCUGCAGCGCGCGCGGCGCGCGCCAAUCUGGCCGGUGACCAUUGCCCACUACCCGCCGCAAGAGAAGGAACCAGAGGGGAACCGCUCCAGGAUUCAGCCGCACUGGGAUCGGACGCUCUUUUCGCUGAUCACGACCAGCGACAGUGGCGACGAAGAGUCGGAGGGCGGGCUGCAGAUAUUGGUGGACUCUGAAACGGGCGAGGGCGUCGACGGGCGCGCACAAGUCGAGGGCCGCGACGUGGAGUGGCAGCAGGUGGUACGGCCGAAGAACGGCUUCGUGGUCAACGUGGGAGAGAUGAUGAGCCGGUGGUCCAAUGGGCGCAUGAAGCACGUUGUGCAUCGCGUACCUAAUCCCGUUCCUGGGCGAGAGCCCCAUGGUCGCAUCUCACUCAUGGCAUUCGUCUUGCCGGACUACGAUGCGGUGGUGGAGUGCAUCCACUGCAGCAAGGAUGGGUCCGAGCCUCUCUACGAGAAGACCUGGGUGGGGGAGAUGAUGAACUGGGGGUCAAAGCUGCCCAUCUACAACCAAACGAAGAUGGAAGCCAUGCGACGAGCACAAGGCCUGUAUACGAAUCUGGGGGCUCAGACCAAGCUUGGCGAGCCAACGGAUGUGAAGGCCAUGGAGGCCAUGAUGGCGAAGGAAGUGAAACUCGCCGAGGCGAAGGCAAUCCGAGUUGUGGACGUGGCUCCCUUGGUGAAUGGCAGCUUCGAGGAGCAGCUCCGCACAGCCAAGGAGCUCUCAGCGGCUUUCGAGACGACGGGCUUUGCAGUGAUCACUGGCCACGGCGUGCCCAAGGACGUCGUCGAUGCCGUGCGGACGGGCGGGUACAACUUCUUCCGGCAAGAGGUUGAAGAGAAGAAGCGCUUCGACAAGGGAAAGGGCUACGGCUUCGGUGGCUACGUCAGCAUGCAGGAGAACGGGGCCCAACUUCUGGGCGAUUUCUCAAGGCCCAACGACGCCGUGGAGUCGCUCACAGCCGGGUUGGCUGGCUUGGCGGGCGGCGUCGAGGCAGUUCAGAUGGAGAAGGUGCGGAAGGAAGACUCCGGCUCCACCGGCGUUUGCCAUGCGAAGGAUCUCAGCGGUUGCGAGAUGGAGGAGGGCACCCCGGAGGUGGUUGCCAGGCCCGCUACCACGUUCCUCCGGGCGGUCGAGAAAGUAGCCAGGUUGGCGGCGAAGGCGCUUCAGCUGUCCCUUGGUGCCACGGACGAGGAGCUGGACUUGGUGAUGACGCCCUCCGCCGGCGGCCUCCGCCUGGCAUACUACCCCUCUGUGACCGAGGCAGCUACUGACGACCUGAUGGGCUACGGCUCGCACAUCGACUCCGGCGGCGUCACCGUCAUUGCCUUGGACCCUGCCAACAAGAGAGGGCUGCAGGUGGAUGUCAGUGAUCGUGUUGGCAGCACGGGUCGCGAAGAGGAUCGGCACUGGGUUGACGUGCCGUUUGUUCCCAACACCUUUGUGCUGAAUGUCGGGGCCCUGCUGUCGCGCUGGACCGGUGGGCGCUGGAAGGCCUCCGUCCACCGAGUUCUGGCAAACCGCCAGUCGCACGAGCGCCUGUCAAUCAUCACGGGCGCCCUGUCACCGAAGAUCGACGCGCCGCCCUUCGCUGGCUUCGCGGCCACGAACCCAUCGCUGCCACCAGUUCCUGCGCGGGAGUUCCUGACCACUAGGGUCGACCUCCACCGGCCGGAGUAUCGCGAAGAGAGAGGCCUCAACUCGCCCGAGGCCUUGGCAGCUGAAAGCGCGCGCAUCCGGGAACUUCAAAUUUAA